AUGUCAGUUGACGCCCUUUCUGAGCUCAAGAUGUCUGCAACAACGAUGGGAGCUGCCACUGGGCCAGGUGAGUCACGCCGCGCGCUGUCAUCAGAAGUUGUCGGCAACGCAGUUCAAGCUAACAGUUGCUCGCCCUUAGAAAAGCUUCAGGCCGUAGCAGAUCUGGUCAAUAAGCUAAGCGAUGGCCUCGAGAAGAUCUCAUUGUUACCCAAAGGUGGCCUCAACUACCCAGACGACUUUGAUGAACGCAAUGAUGCUUUAGAAGAGCUAAAAAUAUAUGGACGUGAUCCCAACUACGCAGAUCCCAUCUUCACCAAAGAUGGAAUGACCAUGCUUUUGAGAUAUUCCUUUCAGAACACCCCGGAUGACACUUCACGAGCGGCCCUGCGAGUCAUAGCCAAUGCUAUGCUUUUAAAGCCCGAGACACGCCAGAUUUUUGUGGAUCAAGGAUAUGCUGCUCAGGCUUGUGAUAGGCUCAACACAGGCAAUUGGGAUGACGAGUUCCUUCUUUCCAGAGUGUUGUUUCUUUCCACCUACGGUACCAGUAUUGAUUUGCCAGAUUUGAUUGAAAAUCACGAGCUAGCGUACCAUCUCGUCAACAACCUGGAACGUCACGUUAAAAUCCUGUCAGAUAAGCAGAAGGGAAAACUGAACCCGAUGGAGGACAUGGCACUUGAAGAGACGUUGAAACUCAUGUUCAACGUAACACACUUUUCCAAGACCCACGUUGCUUCGUUUGCUCCUGCAGUGUCCCAUAUCGUGGCGCUACUUGGGAAACAAGAUAUAUCCGAAACCAAACCCUUGGAUGCUCCCUUUGGUCCUCUCAUCAACGCGCUUCUUAACCUCGAUCUUCAUACUGACCUAAGUCAAUCGGCGCUGUAUCCCAGCAAUGAGCCACACAAGUUAACAUCAAGGCUUGUGGACUUGCUCGAUCAGGGCAUAAGAGCUUAUAGCGGUAGUGACCUCGAAACCGUUGUCACACCGGUGGUCAGCCUACUUGCUAAAGUAUACGAAAAGGCUCCUCAGCCAGUUCGGCAAAAGCUACGCGACGGCCUUCUGCCAACUGCACAGGAUCGGCAAGGUGUGCUUGGCCGCUCCGACUCACUGUCAUCACACUUGUUGAAAAAUUCAACGAAUGCUACUGCUCCAGCCUUACGGGACGCUAUUUCUCAUCUUCUAUUCGACCUAUCGGACAAGGACGCGUCGAAAUUUGUGGAAAACGUGGGGUAUGGCUUUGCAUCAGGUUUUCUAUUUCAGAACAAUGUGCCUGUUCCUGCAUCCGCCACAGCAACCUUCAAUAAAGGUGAUAGCUUUGGGGCGCAAAAACUUGUCAACCCUAUUACCGGGCAGUUCCUGGAUAGGGAGAAGAUUGUUGAUGCGCCAGAUAUGACCGAUGAGGAAAAAGAGCGCGAGGCAGAACGUCUCUUCGUUCUCUUUGAACGACUGAAAAAGACCGGCAUCGUCAAUAUUCAAAACCCCGUUGAAAAGGCUGUUCAUGAGGGUAGAUUUGAGGAGUUGUCUGAUGAUUGUGUUGAAGAGUUGGAUUGA